GUUUCGUUAUUUACACCGGUAUCAGAAUUGUAAUUUUAUUUUAAUUGUAUUAUUUAUUUAUAAUUAAUUAUUUAUUAUUUAUUAGUAUAUACAUACUUUAGUGCAUAUCAUAUUAUCCUAAAAACAUUGGGAAACGUCUUUAACAAUGGAUCGCAAUAUAGAAAUCAAAGCUAAAUUACCAAAUAAAACAGAAGUCAUAUCAAAACUCAAAUCCAUAACAAGCACCCAAGGUGAAUUAAUACCCCAACACGAUAUCUUCUACAAAGUUCCAAAUGGACGUUUAAAACUAAGAAUAUUCCCCGAUGAAACAUCUACACUCGUCCAUUACAAUCGUCCAGACAUAUCUGGUCCUAAAUUAUCAGAAUACACUAAGUUCAACAUCGAGGGCCAAAAUUGUAAACAACAGACCGAAGCCUUGAAAGCAAUUCUUUCUUCUAGCUUAGGACUUAUUGGUGAAGUUAAAAAGACAAGACUUUUGUUCUUGAUUGGACAAACGAGGGUUCAUAUCGAUGCUGUUGAAGGUUUGGGUGAUUUUGUGGAAUUGGAAGUUGUUUUGAAUGAGACGCAGAGUGUGAAGGAUGGUGAGGGGAUUGCGGAUGAAAUUAUGUUGCAACUUGGUAUAAAGGAAAGCGAUUUGUUGACUCAUGCUUAUUUUGAUAUGAUACAAGACAGGGACAAGUAA